GGUAAAUUACUUACGGUCCCGACACAUAACUUUUAACAAGACAAAAAAUGUUGGAAGGUUUGGUUUUCUGAGUAUAAUGAUGUUCGUGGAUACUACUAGGGAUAAAUCCGCCGUAACAUUUCAACACUUUUCUUAGUUCCUGCUCCUUCUGCAUAUUAGGGAAGUAGGUAAAAUCUUUUUCCUUUAUUUAAAAAAUCUGAAUUCGAUGUAAAUAAUUAUAUUAAAAUUUUUCUUGUCCUGGCGCCGGAAAACCUUUUCCGGUAUAAAGCCCAACUUCCUUUAAUGUUGCGCAUGCCUAGUAUGCCCAACCCCGUUGCUCCGCUUUCGUGUACCUCAGACUCCUACCAGCGCCAGGUAAGGGCAUCCUGGUAACUGGGUUACAGUUGGCUGAUGCAAAUAAAACCUAGGGGGUCCAAAGAGCUUUCGGGUCUGUAAACGGGUAAGCGGUGAUCAGUCUCAGUUCAAAAAUCCCCUUUGGCUGAGAGCCCAAGAGUACACAAACCAGCUGUUUCUACUCGCGGGGCACCGAGGAAAGAGAGGAUGAUGGGAGAAGACGAGCAACUACAAGCCCCAGCAUGAAGCGGGCAGCUCGACUCUGGAAAGAGGCCCCCGGCGUACUGGUGCCCGGCCUCGGCCCAGAACCCGGGCCGUACGAGAUGCUGUCAGCCGACCAGAAUGAUCAGAAUGAGGAGGACGGGCGGGGCGCUGUUAAAGAGCCCUCGGGCUUCGUAUCCUUGACGCGCCUGUUUCGUGGGAUCCCUGGCAUGCGGGAAGUGGGGUCUUUGGGUCACGCCUCCGCGGUCCCAGAGUCUCCUGCGUUGCUAUGGAACACUCGGAGCCGGACGUGACGCUGCCGUGGAGGAAGAAGGGAGAGGUGGAGCGUGGCGCGGUGACGUCCUCCCAAGAUGGCGGAGAGAGAGUGAAGAAACUGUGUUCCCCGUUGGAUUGCUAUCGAACAAGGGUAAAAUUCCAUUCUGAUAACAAAAUGCAGUAUUCCCACCACUGUGAGCACCUUUUAGAAAGACUGAACAAACAACGGGAAGCAGGCUUUCUUUGUGACUGCACUAUAGUGAUUGGGGAAUUCCAAUUUAAAGCUCAUAGGAAUGUGCUUGCCUCCUUUAGUGAGUAUUUUGGUGCGAUCUACAGAAGCACUUCUGAGAACAAUGUCUUUCUUGAUCAGAGUCAGGUGAAGGCAGAUGGAUUUCAGAAACUGUUGGAGUUUAUCUACACAGGAACUUUAAAUCUUGACAGUUGGAAUGUUAAAGAAAUUCAUCAGGCUGCUGACUAUCUCAAAGUGGAAGAGGUGGUCACUAAAUGUAAAGUAAAGAUGGAAGAUUUUGCUUUUAUUGCUAAUCCCUCUUCUACAGAGAUAUCUAGUAUUACUGGAAACAUUGAAUUGAAUCAACAGACUUGUCUCCUUACUCUACGAGAUUAUAACAAUCGGGAGAAAUCUGAAGGAUCUACAGAUUUAGUUCAGGCAAAUCCUAAACCAGGAGCUUUGGGAAGGAAGUCGUCUCAAACUAAAAAGAAGAAGAAGGCUUUCAACUCCCAGAAAACAGAACAGAAUAAAACAGUGCAAUAUUCCAGUGACAUUUUAGAGAAUGCAUCUGUUGAACUAUUCCUAGAUGCAAAUAAGUUGUCCACAUCUAUAACAGAACAAGUUUCACAAAGAAAUGAUAGUUCAGAGCUUGAGUUGACAUCAGUUGUGGAAAAUACUUUUCCGGCACAAGAUACUGUGCAGACUGUCACUGUGAAACGGAAACGUGGAAAAUCCCAGCCAAACUGUGCUCUGAAAGAACACUCUAUGUCUAAUAUAGCCAGCAUCAAGAAUCCUUAUGAGCUGGAGAGCUCUGGGGAAGAGCUGGAUCAAAGAUAUUCCAAGGCCAAGCCAAUGUGUAACACGUGUGGGAAAGUGUUUUCAGAAGCUAGCAGCUUGAGAAGGCACAUGAGAAUACAUAAAGGAGUCAAACCUUAUGUCUGCCACUUGUGUGGGAAGGCAUUUACCCAGUGUAACCAGCUGAAAACACAUGUAAGAACGCAUACAGGUGAGAAGCCAUACAAAUGUGAAUUAUGUGAUAAAGGGUUUGCUCAGAAAUGCCAGCUAGUCUUCCAUAGCCGCAUGCAUCACGGUGAGGAAAAACCCUACAAAUGUGAUGUGUGCAAUUUACAAUUUGCAACUUCUAGCAAUCUCAAGAUUCAUGCAAGGAAGCAUAGUGGAGAGAAGCCAUAUGUCUGUGAUAGGUGUGGACAGAGAUUUGCCCAAGCCAGCACACUGACCUAUCAUGUUCGUAGGCAUACUGGAGAAAAGCCUUAUGUGUGUGAUACCUGUGGGAAGGCAUUUGCUGUCUCUAGUUCUCUUAUCACUCAUUCUCGAAAGCAUACAGGUGAAAAACCAUACAUAUGUGGUAUUUGUGGGAAAAGUUUUAUUUCCUCAGGAGAGCUCAACAAACACUUUCGAUCCCAUACAGGAGAAAGACCAUUUAUCUGUGAAUUAUGUGGAAAUUCUUACACAGAUAUUAAAAAUUUAAAGAAGCACAAAACAAAAGUCCAUUCUGGUGCAGACAAAACUCUAGAUUCCAGUGCAGAGGAUCAUACUUUGAGUGAACAAGAUUCCAUACAGAAAAGUCCUUUUUCAGAAACUAUGGAUGUGAAGCCUUCUGAUAUGACUUUACCACUAGCUCUUCCACUUGGGACUGAGGACCACCACAUGCUUCUGCCUGUCACAGAUAAUCAGUCUCCUACAUCAGAUACAUUGUUGAGGUCAGCUGUGAAUGGUUAUUCAGAACCACAGUUGAUAUUUUUACAACAGUUAUACUGACUUUGUGAGGAGUAUGGAAUUGCUAAGAUAUCUCUGAUAGUAAAUAUAAACAUCUCUGAUUAGGUGAAUAUAUUCAUCUUAAAUUACCAUUCAUUUGAUUUGUGACCAUUAUUUUUCAUUCACUGAAGUAAAAGCACCUGAUGCUGCAUCAUUACUGUGCAAUGUUUGUUUUGAUUUUUGGCUUUUAUGUCUAGACUAUACACAUAGCUUUUUUAGAAAUGAAUUAUGCUACAAUAGCACUAUUUUGAGAUGGAGAAGUUUUAUUUUCUUUUAAAGCUGUCUUAAUUCCAUUUUUAUUUUGCAUUUUAGAAUUAUCCUUCAUUUUUUGAAGUAAAAUCCAUUAGUUUAUAUGAUUGAGUUUUUUUUUUAAUUGUGGUAAAAAUACAUACAAGAAAAUAUGUGCCAUUUCAACAUCUUUUACACGUACAGUUCAGUGACACUGAUUACAUUCAUCAUGCUAUGCAGCCAUCACCGUGUUUCCAGAUUUUUUCAUCACCCUUAACAGAAGCUCAUUGCUCCUUAAAUGAUUCAGUUUUGACCUGUAGAGCUUUUGUUAUUUUCCUCCCCUCAAAAUUUAAGCAAAAUC